AUGGGAGAGUAUUCAAAAGCACUUGAAAAUUAUGAAAAAGAUGUGGAACUUUUGGAAAAAUCUCUUCCUGCAACUCGCGGUGAUCUUGCUGUCAGUUACAAGAACGUGGGGUUGAUUUCACGUCCGAUUGAUCUAUCAAAUGUAUCACUACUUUAUAUGCGUCUUGGUAGUGGAACAUGUCCACCACCUGCACCUACAGAUCCACCAUUUCAAUUAUUGAUAACAACAGAUUGUUUUAAUUAUUCAAAUUGGCUUCUUGUUUAUUCACAACAAAUUUUACCUGGUAUAGAACAUGUUACUGUCCCAUUAUCAUUCAAUAAUAUAACAAAUUCUUCGACUGUAUGUUUAAAACUUGAACAAGAUGGCGAUAAGUUCACUGGUAGUGGUUCUUGGUUUAUAGAUGAUUUAUUAAUUAUUCGAUCUCGUCUACAAAAUGAAUAUUUUUUUGAAACAUUUAAAACAAUGCGAUCAACAAAUUGGUAUCGUUUAGUUGGUGGUCACUUGAAAACAUGUGAUGAACGAAUGAGUAUGGUUUUUGAAUCACAUGUUGAUAUUCGAACAGACAUUGGUGCUACAACAAUUGAUUUUUCUCUAUCAGGAAUGAUUGAUUAUAAUCGUGAUGCUCUUUUUCAUCUUUCAAAAAAUACUUCAAUCGAUUGGACAAAAUGGAAUGCAACAGGUUUCUUGGAUUUAAAUAAAACAUGUACUGAUGAAGAUGUUAUUACAUUUAAUGAAGAAAAUUAUCGACAAUUAUGUUCACCAAUUAUUGAACUUAGUCGAAUUGAUAAUGUUCGUUUUACACUUUCAACAGAACCAUGUAUGAAACGAAAUAAAUAUACUUCAACAUCAGCUGCAGUUAUAUUUCUUUCUAUUUUUUAUAAUGUUUCAACUGUUGCUUAUUCAAGAACAAUACGUCGAAUAUCAUUACGUGAAAUACCGCAAACUCAUAAAACUUAUCAUGUUCGAUUUGAUGAAUUACGUCAUAGUGCAACAUCAUAUGGUCGUAUUUGUUUAUCACAAUAUCCUCAAUCAUCAGGAAAAAAUGUUGAUGUAUGGAAUGUAAAAGAUUUUAUUGCUUUACCUUUAUUACAAUCAAAUAUUACACAUUAUAUUCAAUUGACUUUAAAUACAAAAUGUAAUUUACAAGAACAAUUAACAAAUGGAUUAGGUGGCAUAUCAAAUCAAAACAUUAAUAUUGAAUAUUCAAUUGAUUUUGGAAAAACUUGGCAUUUUUUAUUACAACCAUGUUUUCGUGGUUCGGUUUGUUCACAUGAUGUACCACAUGUUUAUUCUUCAAGUAUUAUAUUACCAACAUCUGGAUGGCAUCGUAUAACAUUACCAUUACCAAUAGCAACAUUACAACAAGAGUAUAUACGUUUUCGUAUAAAUACUCCAUCGUUUGCUAUGCCAGCAUAUUCUAUAAGUAAUUCUUGGGCAAUUGAUAAAGUUUUUAUUGGACGAUGUCCUCGAGCAUGUAGUGGACAUGGAUGGUGUCAAUUAAAUUCAUGCAGAUGUGAUGCUGGUUUUUCUGGCGAAUUUUGUGAAAUAAGUAAUACAACAUUAUUUAAUCGAGCAUCAUUUCUAAUGGAUAAUAAUGAUAAUCAAACUGAUCUAAUGACUUAUCAAGGUGGUCAACUUAGUUAUAAAUGCGAUAUAAUUUCAAAAGGAAAAGCAUUAGUAUUUUCAAAAUCUGGCUUUCGAUAUUUACGAAUAUCAAAUAUAAAUGGUAGUUCACCAAAAUUACUUGAAUUUACGCUUCGUCUUGGUAAUACAAAUGCACAAUGUUUUGGAACAAGUAAAAAUGAUCUUGAUCGUGAUUUAAAAUCAGUUUUAUUAUUAUCAUCAUGUUCAAAUGGUGUUCAUUGGACUAUAAUUGAUUAUUUUCGUAUAUCAGAUAUUCUCGCUCGAGAUUUUCGAACAAUUAGUCGAAUUUUAUUUGAAGAAAAAGUCGAGAAUGAAAAUUGUCUUAUUGAAUGGAGACAAAUGACACAUGGUGGAAAUAAUCAAGAUGUUUGGGCUAUUGAUGAUAUUACAAUUCGUGAUGUAAUAUCAAAAAAAUUAAUUAAAAAAAGUCUACAUGUUAAAAAUUUUCAAACAAAAUUAACAUAUAUUCGACCAGGAUAUAUUCUUAGUUUUCGAUUAGAACUUAUACAACGAAAAGAAUUAAAGAUAUCAUUUGAUUUCGAUGAUAUUCAUUUACAAAUAAAUUCAAGUCGAAUUGAUCUUGCAAAUCAUAUGGAAAUCGUUUCGUAUCAUUCAGAAAAUUCAACAUUAACAUUAAUUAUUACACUUCCACAAUCAAUAUGGUAUAAAAAUGUUAUAUUAAAUUUAACAAUUAUAGCAACGAAAAAAUUUACUUUAAAUUUAAUUCAUCUUGGUGUUCAAUGUGAAAAUAAUUGUUGGCUUAAUGGAAUUUGUUUGGAAGGAAUGUGUUUAUAUGAACAACAAAAAUUCUUCAAUCAAUUAACAAAUUUAUCUUUAAAUGAAAAUAAUUUAAUGAAAUAUAAAAUAAGUGUGAUUAAUGGUGAAUUGCUUUUACCAUUUAUUGAUUCAACGGACCUAUCAGCUAUACAUUUUCAAACAGUGUCACGUACAAUAAUUAAAAAUAAUCUUCUAUUGGAAUGUUCACCAAAUGGAGGUGUUAAAUGGUUUGAACUUGGAAUUUGGACAGAAGAAAAAGAUAAUUCAUUAAAAGAUCAUUAUGUAUCAUUGUCUACUUCUUGCCAAGCAAAACAUACAUUAUUUCGAUGGAAAAAUUCAUCUGUUCAUUUAUUAAAUGUAGCAUUUGUCAAAUCACAUAUUCAACAUUAUUUUAUGGAUGAAUUCAAAAAAAUCGAUUCAUCGAAAUGGCUUUAUCCUACGUAUUCGAUUAAUUCAUCAGGUUUAUAUACAAAUAAAAUUAAUACUAUUUCAAAUAAUAAAACAAUAUUUCAAUUAAUUUCAACAGCAAUCACUCUCAAACAACAUAAUUAUGUUAUUAUGAUCGAUACUAAUUCAAAUAUGAAUGAUACACGUUUACAAGUUGAUUAUUCACUUGAUAAUAUAACUUGGCAUGAAUUGAUUGAUAUAAAGAAUUUUGAACGACAAAUGAACCGUUUUGGACAACAGAUACCAACGAAAAUUCUUCGACGUUCAAUUCUAAUACGAAUUCAAAGUGAUCAUUUAUUUAAUUUAAAUCAUAUUUAUAUUGGUCCAUCAUGUCCAGCUAAUUGUUAUGGACAUGGAAAAUGUCUUUGGAAAACUGAACAAGCUAUUUGUCAAUGUGAUAAUAAUCAAACAUCAGAAACAAAUUGUUUACAAAAUAAUUUACUUUUAUCAAGUUUAUAUGAAACAUUUGAAAAUAAAUUAAAUUCAUCUCUGUGGUCAAUAUCAUCUCAUGCUCAAUUAACACAUCGAUGUUAUAAUCGACAAAGUAAAAUAACACCAUAUUUAUGUUUUCUACCUAAUAAUUAUACUCAACAAAAUUAUGCUAUAAUUGGUCCAUUUAAAACACUUAAUUAUGUUCUAUUUAAAUUUGGUUUACAAUAUGUUAGUUUAACAAAUUGUACAAAUCAAAUAUUAUUUCAAUAUUCAUAUGAUAAUGGUAUACAAUGGUAUACAAAGAAAAUUUUAGAUGAAACAAAUAAUAUUUUUGAACGUUUUGAUGAUUUAUCAAUAAAUAUGAAUAUUUAUUUAAGAUGGAUUGAAGAUAAUGAUUAUUCAUGUUUAAUGUGGAAUCUACGUUCAAUUAAUAUUCGAACAAAAAAUGAUGAAAAUCUAUGGUUUGAAAAUAAUUUACAUAUAGAACAAAAUGAUGAAACUAAUUAUGAAGCUCAAACAUGGGAAUUUCCAUUAAUUCAAUCAAGUUCAAUAAUUCAAUUUGAUUUACAAAUGUUUCCAUUAAAAAAAACAAAUAAUACAAAUUGGUAUUUAAUACUUGAAAUAAGUUCAAAUAUUCUCUAUGGAGGGUCGGAUUGGAUACCAUUAAUACCUUCAUGUAAUCAAACAAGUUUAUAUUGUGAAGAUAAAAUUGCUUUAACUGGUUCUUUAUUUCUUGCACAAUUAUAUCAACAACGACGAAAUGUUACAAUUCCUAUAUCAGAUAAUUAUUUGUAUGUUAUUCUAUUGAUUGAUUAUUUUAGAAAUUAUAUAUUUCCUCUUGAAAUAUAUUCAACAAUUGAUAUUGAAUUAAAUGAAACAUCAUUUUUAACAUUUCAACUAGAUUCUAAUCGUUGUAUCCCUAGUUCUCUAGUAACAUCAAAUCAUUCGCAAUUUGAUCUUGAAUUUUCUAUUGAUUAUGGUCAAACUUGGUCAUCUAUCGAUCGACCACCAACAAUUUCUUCUAGCAUUAAUGAUAUAAUCAUCACUCAACCACUUCGUGCAAUUAAAAAUACAUUUUUUUUACCAUUAUAUGCUUAUCGGUCUUUAUCUAAAUUUAUUCGUAUUCGUUGGUCAGCUGCAAAUUCAACAAUUGCAACACGUUGGCAAAUAACAAAUAUUACUAUUCGAUCUGAAUGUGAAGCUUUAUGUGAAUUAGUAUUAUGUAAUGGGAAAUGUCGUUGUUCAGAAAAGAAUAAUUGUUUAUUAUCAACAAUAAAAACAACAUUUUUUGAACGAUUUAAUAGCAAUUUAUUAGAUCUUAUUGUUUUACCACCAUUAAAUCUUAUUUCAACGAGAUUUUUAGAAUUUACUUUUCAUAUGAAUUGUCAACAAAAUAUUCAAAUAAUAUCAUUAGAAUAUUCUCGUAAUAUGGGUUUAAGUUGGCAACUUUUUAAAUAUAUUAUUUUAAAUGUAAAUCAAUCUUAUAUUAUACAUGAAGAUUUAUUAGAUGAAAUGAGAUAUGAUUAUGUUCUCAUUCGAUUUGUUUUUCUAUCGAAUAUUUCAAAAUGUUUAAAAUUAGAAGAGAUUAUUGUCAGUGGUUCGAUUAUUCUUCAAGAAGUAAUCUAUGGAAAAUUUGAUCAAUUUCAAAACUUUGAUCCGAAAUUAUUUGUUUCAUUUGGUGAUGGAAUAUUUAAUGGAACAUAUCUAAUAUUUCCAACAAAAAAUAAAUCAAAUUUAACAAUUAAUGAAAUUAUUACUGAUGAUUUAAAUAUUUUUGAAAAUUUAUUUUAUAUUCAAUUAGCUAUUGUUCCUCUUUCGUUUAAUCGUUGUAUAAGUAUGAUAAUACUUUUAAUAUUGAAAUUAAUUUUAUAUAUUUAA